AUGGAACACACAAUCAACGUCCUUCGCGGCUCUGAACAGGGCAAGGUUCAAUCAGGCCAAAUCACCCGCUCUCUGUCUGUAUCCGAUGCUCUGGUUGAAGUCACUCAUGCCAGUCUCUGUGGGACAGACGAUCUCUAUCUGCACUCUCCUCAAGUCCUUGGCCAUGAGGGAAUUGGGAUAGUCAAGGAUGUCGGAUCGGAUGUGAAGAAUGUCAAGGUUGGUGAUAGAGUUGGGUUUGGGUAUAUCCAAAAGGUUUGUGAUGAGUGUGAGAAUUGCAGAUCAGGAUGGGAUCAAUACUGCCCAAAUGGAAAGCCAUAUGGAAAACACGAUAUCAACGUGGGCCUCCUCGCAUCGAGUGUUGUCUACGAUGCUGGCUCUCUCAUUCCUGUUCCUCCUGAUCUCGAAUCUUCGCAUGCAGCAGCCUUGAUGUGCAGUGGUGCAACAGCAUGGACUGUCUUGACGCAGUAUCGCAUCCGACCUGGAGAACGGGUGGGCAUUCUGGGAAUCGGAGGACUGGGCCAUAUGGCGAUCAAAUUGGCAUCGGCCAUGGGAUAUCAUGUUGUCGCCAUGUCGAGAACAGAGUCGAAGAAGAAGGAUUGUCUGGCGUUUGGGGCGAAUGAGUUUCAGUCUACGACUGCGGAUGAUCUUCACGCUAUGAAAAAACUGGAUCAUUUGCUGAUUUGCACGUCGGUUUCGGUGGAUUAUAAACUCAUCAUCUCACUUAUGGCAACCCACGGCACCAUCUACCCCCUCACAGUGGAUCUCGCCCCAUCCAGCGUUCCCAUUCUCUCUCUCACCGACCAAGGACUGCGCAUUCAAGGCUCAGUUUCAGCAUCGCGAAAGCAAAUGCGGCAGACGCUGGAAUUCGCCGCUGAGCGAAAAAUCGAGCCGGAAAUCACGCCGUUUGAAUGGUCGGCCGAAGGAGUGGAACAGGCGAUGAAGGCGAUGAAGGCGAUGGAGGAGAAUACGGUGCGGUAUAAAUGUGUGCUUACCAAGUAGUUCUAAUGAAUGGGGCCGUAUGCAAUAUUAGCUGCGAUGGUGUCAUGGGAUAAAUGAAGCUAUUGAUAAUGGUCUCGUGUUUGUCAGUUGCGGGGAUGUCUUUAUCAGCCCAAUUACAAUCGCUGCAUUUGAUGGCGUGCUGAGGGGUAUUUAUCUUCUGUCUUCGUUUCAAAUUCAAUUCAUUCUUUUCAAUAAUUUCACUUCAAUCAUUUCAGAAAGUGAAGAUGGCCACUGUCACACUCACCCAGCCUGAUAUUCAAUAUCACCCCGACUA